AUGCCUACUCCGCCCUUCAAAACCCGGGAAGGCUCUGCGGUCGCCGGGCCCGAGCAAUGUCCAGGGGGUGCCAGUCCGGGUGCCUAUGGCCACUGGUCCCCGGGUGAGCGCCCCUUCGCCUGCGACUGGCCCAGCUGCGACAAGAAGUUUGCGCGCUCUGACGAGCUGGCCCGCCACCACCGCACCCACACCGGGGAGAAACGUUUCCACUGCCCACUCUGCUCCAAGCGCUUCACCCGCAGUGACCACCUGACCAAGCACGCACGCCGCCACCCUGACUUCCGCCCAGAACUGCUGCGGCGUCCCGGGGCCCGCAGCGCCUCGCCCAGCGACUCACUGCCCUGCAGCCUGGCCAGCAGCCCUGUGGCCAGCCCCUCGGCCAGCCCUGGCCCCGCUGGCCUGUAGGGUGCCCGGCCCCUGAAGUGGAGAGACCGCAGCACCCUCAGGGACAGGGUGGGCGGGAGGAGGCGCAGUCAGGGAGCCCCGCCCUCCCAGGUCCUCUGUGGAUACUGAGCCCGCCUUCCAGAAAGGAGGGCGGGGCCUGCGAGGAACCCACUACGAGGCUGGGGGUCCCGGGGAGGGGUCCAUUUCUGCGCCUGUAAAUAACCUCGAUUGUUAACUUUACUUGUAUCUGUUCAACAGGGACCCUGGGCGGGAGGUCAGCAGGCCUUGCCUGGGGGUAGGUGGGGGGGUGUCCCCCCUUCCACCACCUCCCUGCUUCCCCUGGGGUAGGGUUUCCAGGAAAGGAGCCCCCUGCCCAGGGCUGGACUCCCCCCCCACCC